UGGGUACCAAAUAAUCGCUUGAUUUUACAAUACAUUACAUACUAUAUGUAUGACAAUAACAUCGAUGGUCUAAAAAACAUUGUUUAGACACCACUGUAGUAGUAGUAGUAGAUCUGGUAGGUUGUCAUCAUCAUCAGCAUCUGGCACUGGUAUGCCAUUAUCAUACACACAUAUCCCACAACAAUGGUGGCCACUAACUAAUAGAUCGGCUCUGAUGAUGGACAACAAUGAUAACAACAAACCUAUCAAUUUUGUGGGCAACGGCGGCCAACCGGAUGGCAUCGAUAUCGAUGCUAUCAGAAAACAUUGUAUCCGAUCAAUCGGUAUAAUUGUUAUAAAAAAACUGGACAAUAGUGACCAGAUUUUUACUGAAGGAUCAGGUGUUUGUGUGGCCAACACCACGGAUACCGGUUGUCUACUGUUGACUAACUAUCACGCGGUCACCCAUUCGCCAGUAGUCAGGGUUAUCUAUAAACCCGACCACAACGACAAUAGAGUAUACGUAGAGUUAGCCGAUGUCCUGUAUGUUGAACAGCACUGGGAUCUGGCACUGGUCCGACUACAGCGUCUGAACAGCCUAUUCAAUCCGAUGCCAAUGGCCACUGAAACCAAGUUUGGCCAACCGGGUUGCAUGUUUGGUCACGGACAGAUAGCCUUUACUGUACAUCCGGGUCUGGUAGUGCAGCCGUCGGUUCAGCUAAACAAUGCAAACGACACGUAUAGGAUAAGUACUGUACCGUUUGCCGGUCACUUGCCUAUCGUAGCCCAUACGGCCGUCAAUGUACCGGGGUUUUCCGGCUGUCCACUAAUCGAUACCGAUGGCCGACUAAGCGGUAUUGUUUGGGGUGGGUUUGUCACCAGAGGCCAGAUAACGUUUGCCGUCGACUAUCAAACAGUUAACGAGUUUAUGUUGAGGGCCAUUAGCUAUGUUGAUGCAUAUACAGGUAUAAACCUAAAUCGGCUCCGGAAACUGUAUUCAAUGUUUGGCUCCAGUAAUAGACAGUUGGCCCUAAUUUUGGCCAAACAUUACGAUGAAUUUGAUAGCAAUAAUGUUUGGUUUACUAUCGAGGAAUUGCUUCCCGAAUCCCAACCAUUAAAUAUUGUCAACCGAUUUGUAAUGUUCGUCAAUGACCAGCCGUUUACCGACAUUGAAACCAUACGGACAGUCCUAUCAGUUGGCGACGAUAGCUAUCCGACUAUUCAAUUGACACUUAGGUCUCCAAUGUAUAGGUAUAACAAUCGAUUUGAUUGGAAAGUUAACAUUACAUCCAUGAGCCCGGAUGUCAAGGCAUUUGUUUUCUAG